AUGUCAGGAAGACCUCGAAUGUCUAGUAGUGGUACUGAUUUUGCAAAAAGAUUUAGAGAGUUUAGAUGCAUAGAUAAUUACAAUACAUUUAAAACUGAAAUUGAAAGGAAAAUUGAUGAUUUUCGUAGCAGAACAAAAAAAAAAUUUUGCAAAGAGUGCGACAUAAUAAAAAAUCUUAUAUAUCAAAAAAAAAAUGAAUUAUAUAGCUAUUGCGAUAAUAAGUCAUUCCCAAAUAGAUUAAUUGAAACUAAUGAUAAAAUAAAGGUUUUUAUAAUACAGUGCCCGGAUUUGUCUAAAUGCAGUGAUAAUCACGCACCUAAUGCUAGAAAAUCUGUUGCAGCAGGAAAGCCCCAAUUAUAUUCCUGUAAUAAUGGGGGAUGUGUAACAGGAAGAGAAACACAAUUACAAAAAGACAGUAAAGCCAAACCAGAAAUUCAGAGAGCAUCCUCUGAAAUAAGAGGUUCAGAAGGACCAAAAGCGCUUGAGAAAAAUCUAAAUCCUGAAGCUACAGCAGAAUUACAAAAGAAAAAUGUUAUUAUACCGGCUAAACACAGCUUUACACACCCUGGCAGUUCUGCUGGGUCUGAUACUGAAACUCCUGAACCAAAAGUUAAUACUCAUUCUAGAAUAACUGGACAUGAAGAUACCCAGACACACCCCAUAUCGCUCUCAGUUCCUUCUUCAGCUAUGUCUCUUCUGGACAACCUGGUGAAGGUAAGUGUUCUCAAGAAAAGAUGUUUGUUAAAAGCGAUCAACAAAAUCCUCCACAUGUUAAACAAGAUGUUGAUAUACGUGCUCUUCGUGAUCCAAAUGUUUCUGGAACAAUUGUAUAUAAUAAAGGUAUUAACAUUGAAAAUUUUCAUAAUGUUUCUCCUGCUGAUACAGCUCAUAGUGUUUCAGAUGCAAUUCUUAAAAGAGAUAAUGAUAAAGUUGCUACUAAUACUGCUGCAGAUGGAAAAGAACAUGGUAGUGAAGCUAUUGCUGUGA